AUGGAGGCAAAUUCUCCCACAACUGCCGCAAUAACAACAUCGACAACAACAACAUCAGCGGCUGCAUCCACCACAGCACCAGCAGUGGCAUCCACAUCCAACACAACAGCUCCCUCGCCAGCUGCCUCCGUGAAGAGUCUCACAGGAAGCGGAAGCCACAGUGCCACAACGUCCAGCUGCUCCGUCACAGCCUCAAUCACCGCCACCGCCACCGCCAACUGCUUAGCUCAAUCCCUGCCCCAAUUGCUUACCACCAGCAGCAGCAGCAUUGACAUCUGCAAGCUGGAUGAUGUCAACAAUCUAUCGCUCGCCAGCGCUCCCUCCGAGGGUCAACGAUCCCUCUCUGGUGCACCGUCGGCUUCCUCCAGUCCCAUAUUGAGUCCACAGGGCAAGAUCUAUGGACGCAACGCAAAUGGCACAGUGAUUCCCACAUCGCGUCCGAGCAAUGAGGCUGAGGUGCAGCUAUACAGGGUGCUCCAGCGUGCUAGUUUGUUGGCCUACUACGAUACCUUGCUGGAGAUGGGCGGAGAUGAUGUGCAACAGCUGUACGAUGCUGGCGAGGAGGAGUUCCUCGAAAUUAUGGCACUGGUGGGUAUGGCAUCAAAACCGCUCCAUGUGCGACGUCUGCAGAAGGCGCUGCACGAAUGGGCUAAAAAUCCAGCGCUGUUUCAGGGUUCCAUGCUGCCGCAUUUGGGUGGUCUUUGUGAGACGCCGACGAAGCCGGCGCUUGUCUUUAAUCCGGAUACGACUCCCGCCCUGCCACGUAGCAAAUUCUCCUCCUUUAAUCCCGCUGCCUCGUUUCAGGCCACAAGUCUGCCACAACUGACCACAACGCCGACAUCGGCGCCAGCUGUGCAUUUGUUGUCGCAGAUCAGUGUGCCCACAGUCAUGUGUGCCACUCCCACUCCCACUCCCAAUCCGUUGCCCGCAACUGUGGCCACAUCUCUGCCAAGUGCGGCAAGUGUUGCCACGCCCUCUGCCCAUCAGGUGUCCUCCAGUUCGCCACAGCUGACGCCUGUGCUGACGGAGCUGCAGGUGCAACGCAUUACCAUGUGUGCCGCGAAGAUUGCCCGCCAGCUGCCGCAACGUGAGCCGCGGGCACAGACGUCCAAGAAGCGGACGACACGGGAAUUGGAGCAGGUGAUUGCAAUGGGGGAGCAUGAUCCACGUCGCAUGGAUGAGAUACGUAAGUAUUCGGCUAUUUACGGUCGUUUCGAUUGCAAGCGACGUCCGGAGAAGCCACUCACCCUGCACGAGGUCUGCGUGAAUGAGGCAGCUGCUCAGCUCUGUCGCAAUCCCCAAACAAUUUGGCUGCUCACGCGCCGUGACGAGCUCUUUCCUUUAGCCCGGCAGAUUGUUAAGGAUGCGGGUUUCGGCCAUUCGGCCAGCAUUGCCCGCUAUGGCAAUCUAUUGUCCCAAAUGCCAGCCCAAUCCGCUGAUGCCCAUCGCAGUGUCAAAAUCGAUGUCGAUUGUGAGUCGAGCGAUGCCGCUGUCACCAUCAAGCGUCAACGAUUGUCCUCCACCGAAGCGGCUCAGCUGCCCAUGGAACUCAAUCGGGAAGCUGUCGAGGAUUCGCGCUACAAUCUGUUUGCCAUGUACCAAAAGUUCGCCAAGCCGCCUUUCGAUCUGACGGAAAUAGCUAAAUUCUCACUGGGCAAGACGGCGGACUUUGAGGAUAACGAUUCGCGUUUCUCGUUCAGCAAUUCCUGCUCUCCGCCCAUGCCAGCCAAUGGUCUGGAAAAUGAACGAUCACCUGUCUCAUCGCUGGGUCACUGUCCCGAGUCCCACACAGCUAGCGAUCUGACCCUCACGGAAUCCAUUGAUCUGACUGCCAGUGGUGUCCAGGUCAUUUCUGCAGCGGGUGAUAAUAUCAUUGCCGUCGCAAAUCCCGCAUUGGCACUAAGCCCCACCCUCAAUGAGGUCCUCAAACGGAAUGCAACUUCACCGGAAGCUUAAGAGAGAGAGGGAGAUAGAGAGAUCGCUGAAGAUCCACAGUUGAACAUUUAGUGCCAGUUUAAGUAUGUGCAAUUUAAUAAAAUUAAAUACAAUUUGUUAGCCCUAAGUGAGAGAAAAGUAAAUCAAUCAAUCUAGAGCGUAAACCCUGUGAUCUACACUAUUCUGUAAUAAAAAUAAUAUUUCACCCACA